AUGACCCUCCGCCCCCCGAACUGGCCCCAAAAUGACCCUUCUAUCCAGGUGCGUUGUGGCAGUGGGCGGCUCUCGGUGGCGGUGCCAGCCGGGCUGCUGGGGACCGGAGCCAUCAGGGAGCUGUGGCUGGGCUCCGGCUGCGGUGUGACCGGUGCUGACGGGGGCAGGUACCGCCUGGAGCACCCCCUCACGGCCUGUGGAACCAUCCUGCAGCUCCUCCCAGACACCGUCCGCUACAGCAACGUCCUCCACUACCGCCCGCUGGCUGCGGGGCCCGUGGCUCACCCCGCUCCCUUCUCCCUCCCCGUGGAGUGCCGCUACCCCAGGAGGGGCAGCGCUUCCUCGGGGGCUGUGCAGCCCACCUGGGUCCCCUUCGGCUCCACCGUCACCCACCGGAGACGCCUGCGCUUCGCCCUGGACGCGUAUGACCGGUCCUGGUCCUCCCGCCUGCCCCUGCCCACCUUCCUGCUGGGCGAGCUGAUCAACAUCCAGGCAUCGGUGGCUGCCGACAUGCGCCUGCCCCUCCAAGUCUUCGUGGAUGAGUGCGUGGCCAGCCCCGGCGCGGCGUCGCAGGUGACGUACCAGCUCAUCGGGGACGGCGGGUGCCUGCUGGAUGGGCGGCUCGGCCGCUCGCGGUUCCUCCCGCAGCGCAGGGGCGGCGCGCUGCGCUUCCAGCUGGACACCUUCCUCUUCCCCAACGCCUCCAGCCCCCAGAUCUUCCUCCGCUGUCACCUGCGGGCAGCGGUGGCGGGGGCCGGUGGCAGCAAGGCCUGCUCCUAUGACCGCACGGCGGCCGCCUGGCGCUCCCUGGACGGCGCCGACUGCUCCUGCUGCGGCUCCCCAGCUGGCUGCAGGGCCCGGCGGCGGCGGGACAGCGGAGCAGGACUGCUGGGCGCAGCCAGCCUCCGCCUGCAGUUGCUCUCGGCAUCACCCAGCUCGCCCACGGCACCGCAGCCUGGCACAGCCCCGCCGCACUGCCCCUCGGCCCCGGUGCUGCGUGGGGACCAGAGGGACUCAGGGCCAGCGCUCCCGGUUCCUGCCACCACGCUGGUCAUGGUGGCCAUGGGCUCCAUCCUCGCUGCCGUGGGUGCGCUGGGCUGCUACUGCUCCGUGCGGCGCUACCGCAGCCAGCACCAGGCGGUGGCACCGGGGGAGCCCCGCGCCGUGGCCAUGGCCCCCACUGGAGCCGAUGGUGCCCAGGUUCCUCCCGUGGACCCUGCUGCUGCGUGA